GGAAAGUGAACGCUUGGGGGUCAUGGCGGUGGAUGGCCGUAUGGAUUUUCCUUUCAGCUCCAGUGACCUGAGUUCAGUUCCCAGCUUAUGACACAUUUUUACACUGAGUGAGGGGGCUCAGUGGACGGAGGAGCUGAUUACGUCGCAUUGUUCUCUUCAGGUUGCUGCAUCCAGUAACUGGAUGUCUUCCAAGCGACCAGCCUCUCCAUAUGGGGGGACAGAUGGAGAGGUAACCAUGGCAACCAGCAGACAGCGAGUGGAGGAUGAAGAUAGUGAGGGACUGGGCGGUGUCAUCCACCUCCCCCUGGCCGCCUACUGCGGCAAGGUGUCCCCUCGCUCGCCCCCCAACCGUAACUUGGACAGCCCCCCCAACAUGGAGCAGGAUGGCACUAAGGGGAGCUCUCUGAGUCCUUACCCCCAGCACAAUGCUACCUCACCGGGCAAAGAGGAAGGCGGAGGCGGCGGUCGGCCCUGCAGCGACGGGGGCUCGGCCACGGGCACCCUGGGGACCCCCGAGAGACGCAAGGGCAGCCUGGCAGACGUGGUGGACACACUGAAACAACGCAAGAUGGAGGAGCUGAUCAAGAACGAGCCAGAAGAGGCCCCCAGCAUUGAGAGGCUGUUGUCAAAGGACUGGAAGGAUAAACUUUUGGCCAUGGGCUCAGGGCACAUCGGUGAAAUUAAAGGUACCCCAGACAGCCUGGCGGAGAAAGAGCGCCAGCUCAUGGGCAUGAUUGGCCAGUUGAGCAGCCUGAGGGAGCAGCUCCUGGCGGCCCACGAGGAGCAGAAGAAGCUGGCCGCCUCGCAGAUGGAGAAGCAGAGGCAGCAGAUGGAGCUGGCCAAGCAGCAGCAGGACCAGAUUGCCCGGCAACAGCAGCAGCUUCUGCAGCAGCAACACAAAAUCAACCUCCUGCAGCAACAAAUCCAGCAGGUCCAGGGCCAACUCCCUCCGCUGAUGAUUCCCGUCUUUCCUCCGGACCAGAGGACUCUGGCGGCGGCUGCAGCCCAGCAGGGCUUCCUCAUGCCCCCUGGCUUCAACUACAAGCCUGGCUGCAGUGACCCCUACCCUCUCCAGCUCAUCCCCACAACAAUGGCUGCUGCUGCCGCCGCCACACCAGGCCUGGGACCCCUACAGCUCCAGCAGUUGUACGCAGCUCAGCUGGCGGCCAUGCAGGUCUCCCCGGGGACCAAGCAGCACGGAGGAAGCCUGCCCCCGCAAGCCAACCUGGGCACACACUCCCCACCCACCAACACACACGCACAGAGCGACAAGGGCCGCAGCUCCCCGCCAUCAAACAAGACCAAGGUCCCUGCUGCUGCUGCCGCCACCAAGCUGGGCCAUGCCGGCUCCAUGAAGCACAGCGCCGCCCCCUCCAGCAUCGGAGGACCACCGACCAGAGUCAGCUCAAUUGCAGACUUGCUGUCGUCGCUGUCCUCCACAGCCUACCUGAACGACCACGAGUCGGCGGCCAAGGCCCGGCAGAUGAAGGAGCAGCUGAAGAGGGAGCAGCAGAUCCUGGACGCCAAGGUCGCCGCCGUCAGCAACCUCAGCCUCAACAAUGGACGCUCGGACAAGGACAAGGCCGCCUUGGAGAGUCUGAGUCAGCAGCUGAAGCAGCAGGCUGAGGAAAAGUUCAGCCACGCCAUGCUGGACUUCACCAUGAGCGGAGACUCUGACGGCUCCCCCAGCGUGUCGGAGUCCAGAAUAUUCCGGGAGGCUCGGGGUCGCGGCACCACCGAGCCGCACAUCAAACGGCCGAUGAACGCCUUCAUGGUUUGGGCCAAGGACGAGAGGAGAAAGAUCCUCCAGGCCUUCCCCGACAUGCACAACUCCAACAUCAGCAAGAUCCUCGGCUCACGCUGGAAAGCCAUGACCAACCUGGAGAAGCAGCCCUACUACGAGGAGCAGGCUCGCCUCAGCAAGCAGCAUCUGGAAAAGUACCCGGACUACAAGUACAAGCCGAGACCCAAACGCACCUGCCUGGUGGACGGCAAGAAGCUGCGCAUCGGCGAGUACAAGGCCAUCAUGAGGUCCCGCAGACAGGAAAUGAGACAAUACUUCAGUGUGGGGCAGCAGGGCCAGCUGCCCUUGUCCUCUGCAGGCGUGGUUUACCCAGGUGCCCUGUCCAUGGCGGGAAUGCCCUCGCCCCAGAUGCCCUCAGAGCACUCAAGCAUGUCCAGCAGCCCGGAGCCCAACGCCAACCACCACCAGACCCCCCACAUGCCCAGCCUGAAGGGGGACGAGCCACGAAUCAAGGAGGAGGAGCUACGGCUGGACGACAGCAACGGCGACGUGUACGAUGACUUCGACUACGAGGACGAAGAGGCCGAUUACGCCAGCGACAAUGACAACCAUAUCACCCAAUAGGACGGCGCGAGAGCCGGACUUUUUUUUUUUUAAGCCAAUCACAGCUGGUUAACCCCACACGAUCCCAAACCCACCAAUCAGGAAGAAGACUUUCUCUUUUUGCCAAUCACCCUGAGUCCCGAUCUCACGACACCCGCCACCCUCUCCCCCUCCCGUUACUAACAUGGACUCUUUUAACAGAGCCAGACCCCCUCCCACUGGAGUCCUGAUACCAGCAUCUGAUCAAUCAACUGAAGCACAGGACCUGUCACUCACACUGACUGUUACACAAACUGGAGUCUGGGAGGGAGAGACGAGCGAGCCGGCUCUGAAGCUUGCUGAGGAAUAUUCAAGUACUACUGCAAGAGUUUGAGUGUCACGCCACGAGUGAGGAGAAAUAAAAAUCACACUCAGAAAGCAACCUUUUAGAGCCGUUUGUAGAAAAGGAGACAUUUUAAAAGGAAAGACGCAACAGUGGACCUGUCAAAGGCUAACAGACGACACUUUAAGAUGGCGGACCUGUUUAUUAUCAAGAGACACUUUUAAAAAAAAACAGCUUUUUUUGUUCUUUGGUUCUAUAAUAUUCUCACUCAGGUACACGGUGCCAAUAAGUGGCUUGUGAAUGUGAUUUGUUGUUUUUGUGCUACAAGUUUGAAUAAUAAUAGAAAAAAAGAGACAUUUCUUUUUUUCCCCUUUUGUUGUAAAGCACCUGAAAGACAUCAGACAUGUUUAUUUUUAACAAGAACAUAUCUUUUCUUCGACCUCGCAGUGUGCUGUCAGCGGUUCGCCCCUUUUUUCUCUGUGUUUUUGGGACUGCCCCCGCCCCCCGUUUAGAACCCGAUGGGACGGUCCAGCCAGGACUGACCAGCGCAGCGUGGACUGUCCCACUCGGAGAGAUUUUCCGGGCUGGGGAGAAGGGGAGUCGCUCUGGCGUCACGGAGCAGAUACGAAAGCACUGUGUUGUGAGACAAUCCACCAGUUUUCUUCUCGCUCCGUCCCUCUUGAUCUCGUCCAGGACAAAACAUCAGUGCGACUCAGCUCGAAGCAUCCGACAGUGUGAGUGUGUGUCGGUGUGUGCCGUGCGUACUCAUUCAUCGGGCGUAUGCGUCGAAUCUAGCUCUUCUCUUUCAGGGCGAGCAGGAUGCAGAAAGACAGGCAACUUACACUGCUGCUGUUACUGUACCACACACACACACACACUCACACACACACACACACACACACACACAACUGUUGUUCUGUCCGUCAGUGUUUUCCUGCUCCCUCCAAUCAACAUCCUGCUGUCCACCCCAGUGGGCGGAGCCGAGGUGAAGUCAGCCAGUCAGUGUUUCUGUUUGUAUUUGAAUACUGUAUUUUAUUAUUUCUCUUCAAACUGCCUCUAGUCUAAUAAUAUUAUUAACAAUAAUUAUAAGGAUGGUCAGCGUUUCCUAAGUUUAGUAAGUUAUGUACAGUAUAAUUUAUUUUUCUCCUCUUUAUCGGGUUUUUAUGACCAUAUGAAACUAUGACAGUCAAUGAAACAUUAUUCUAUUUAGCUGGUAGGUAUUUAGAGCUAAACAAAAGUUGUCAUUUUACCUUGCUUUGUUUCGCAUUCUUAUGUUCCCUUCUUUUUUGAUGCGUUCGUUUUGUAUUAAUCCUGCGGACGGGUGGGCGGGCGGAGUUAGGACAGCGAGCUGGACUGACAGACUCGACGCCAGCCCUCCUCCGAGCUGAAGACGUAACCUUUUCAUGUCCAAACCCAUUUCUAAAAAGCACUCAGACUCUGUGCAGUCAGAGAAAAAGAAGAACAUGAUUUUUUUAUUGUUAUUAUUAUUUUAUUUGUAAUGGUUAUUCUAAUGUAUAAUGUGAAGUUUCCUCUCUUUUACUUUGCUCCUUUUUUGGGGGGUUUGUUUUUGUUUUUUUGUUUUUUGGAAAUCAGUUUUAUCUCUUUUGGAAACUGUUUUCUGUGAACAAAGAGUCCCGUCCCCGUUUACUAGUUUGGCCGCCUCACCGAGACACAGUGGAGCAUCUUUGGCUUGGAUCCACACACACACACACACACACACACACACACACACGUACAUGCACAAACACAAUCACUUACACACACACUUUUAAAAUGAAGAGAUUAUCAUGACAACCAAACAAAUCCUAUGCUGUCCUUUUUCUGUUUCUUGAAAUCUAGAAUUCUAGAUUUAAAAUCCUGUACAUAUAUUUUGUUUGGUGGGUUUUUUGUUUUUUUUAAUCAUAGGAAAGCAGUGUUUACCGUGAUCCACCAAGGAUGUUCCACUGUUUGUGUGUGUGAGACGACCGGGCGGAUCUACAGUAUCUUUAAAAUCACUUCUCAUCAGGAGCCCUUUGCUUUGUUUUAGCUCCACACGACACUACAGGAGCCAUGACUACUCUUCAGGUGUGCUGCCACGUAGUGAUGCCCACAAUCAUUCUCGCUGUAGAUGUUCGCUACAUGCCACAUAAUGAGCCUCUGGGUCUUAAGUUUGCUGUAUAGUCACCCCUGUUAUCACACCAUGGUUUAACCCGAUGCUGGAGAGGGGGGACUAAGUGGAUCAAUCCAUUUUUAGGUAAUCAGGUGGGUGGGUGGGGCAUUAAGACGUCAAUCAUCCCUGCUGGCAAGGUCUGUCCCCAUAUCAAGACAAUGUUAAAGAUGAUGAUGAUGAUGAUAUUAUUUAAGACAAUCAAAGUCAUGAGUGGAGCUCAAAACAAAGUAAGAAUUAUAACAAGUAAAAAAAAUAUCUUACCAUCUCAACUUGAAAAAUCAAGAAAGAUAAUUAUGUAAAUAUAACAUAGAGUUAUAGAUUUAUAUUUUGUUCAUAACACAGUGUAAUAUAAGUUGUAUAUUUCUUUUUUCUCUCCCUACUGUCUCUUUUAUUGAUGUUAUCCAUGCCACAGAAAAGCGGAGUCGCAGUACUCACACAAAAAAAAUGAAGAAAAAUAUCAAAGAAAUAAAGAAAAACAGGAAAAAAAAGCCGUGGGCUGCCACCACCAUCUGUUCUAAGUUCACUUUUUUUUCAGUAUUACUGCCAGACAAGGCUCUA